AUGGCCAUAAACCGAGGUUGGGAUACUGCACAGUGGGACUUGGGUAGAACGAUGCUCACCACUACUCUGUUAUGGCUCGAGGCGACAAUCUGCGGGCCCGAUCUGAGGAGCAAGUGUCUCGCUGACCGCAUUUGGUGUGUCGCUUCCGGCCGUCAUAGUCGUGGCAGUCUGUUUGUGGCCCGCCAUCGUUGCUUACCGGAGCUCGAGCUGCUUCAGAAUCGCGUUUCGUUCGAAUGGGACCUACAGCUCCAGGAUGUCAAACGUCAAGUCGACACUGUCUACGACCUCUUGCCAUCAGCCACCCCAAAUCUCCUCUUCCGUUGUCCAGGCCGCGAAAUCUUGGAGCUUGGUGCCGGCGACAAGGCAUUGAUGAUGAGUCCUCACAUAUCGGUACUUUUGUCGCAGUAUCGUCUCGCUUCUUUCAACAAUUCACAUGUGCCAGCCUUUGUUUACGAUGCGCCGUGGGGUCGCUUUCUGGCUGCUCUUGAGGAUUCUUUGGCGUUCAUCGCUGGACUUUACCCCCAGUAUUCCAAUUGA